AUAAAACUAGUGAGGACAGAGAGUGGGUUUUAGUAUUUUGAUAGCAUAUCCUCACUCAAUGCUUGACCACAGGCUGUUCCAGAUGCACCAUGGUUCUUUACGCUUUUCUUCUUCUCCUUUGUAUCCCUUUGGCUGGUGGGAUGGAGAGUGGUAUUAUUGGUGGAAAAGAGGCUAAACCUCAUUCCAGACCAUACAUGGCAUCUAUUCAGAUUAAAAAAUACAACAAACAUCACACAUGUGGAGGGAUGCUGAUCAGAGAGGAUUAUGUACUGACAGCGGCCCACUGUUUCAAGCGCAGUGACUACUCUGGUCAGGACUACUUGGAGGUUGUUCUGGGAGCUCACAACAUCAAGAAGGACGAGAAGAGCCAGCAGAGAAUCCCAGUGAUAGAAUACAUCCGACAUCCUAAGUUUCAACAUAAAAAUGAAAAUAAUAAUGACUACAGCUAUGAUAUCAUGCUACUAAAGCUGAAGAACAAAGCCAAGCUGAAUAAAUAUGUGAAAGUUAAGCCUCUUCCUAAGAAAAAUGGAAAAAUACCAGCUAAUGUUAAAUGCUCCAUUGCUGGUUGGGGGUCAAUAAACCCAGAAGACAAAGUGGGGUCAAAUGUGCUGCGGGAAGUCACUCUUAAACUGCAGAAGAACUCAGUAUGUGAAAGAUUGUGGCAGCACUACUUCAACUCUGAGAGAAUGAUCUGUGGUGUUUCAGAUGGGAAACAUGCUUUUUGUCAGGGUGAUUCAGGAAGUCCUCUUAUCUGCAAUAACAUACCACUAGCAAUUGCUUCAUAUACCUAUGGUGGUAACUGUGCAAAUAUGGAGUAUCCUCAAGCUUAUGUAAACAUAUCCUACUUUCUCCCCUGGAUUAAAAAGAAGAUUGGUUAAAUAAAUAAAAGAUAAAUUGGGUUCCUACGUUAAAGGGGUAGUUUUUUGUUCACUUCUAGAGUUACCUUAGUUUUAUUUUGUUCUUAAGUCUGUUAAUUACUUGUUCCUGCUCCAACUGUCAAAACCUCAGUGCAUUUGUGUUUAGCCAGUUUGAGAUUAUUAAAAUAAAAUUCACUUCAAUAUUCAUUAAACUGUCUGUUUCGAUGACCAGAUGUAUGAGAUGACAAAGAGAAGAAUGCUUAUUUAUGUAGUGGGAUAAACAGAAAACACCCAUUCAUAAAUAAUAGUUAUGUAAUAUAAAUAUAAAUAUAACAGAACAAAAUAGAUUGCUUUCACUGAGUGUUUUUCAUAGUUACUUUAACUGUCUUGGGGUUUGUGUGCGAUUGUUUGAUAAACAUUAAAUAAAGUCUGUUCCUGCUA